AUGACAGAAAAACUGAAAAAUACGAUACAAAAAUAUAUGAAAACAAUAUUACUUGUUUUAAGUUGGUGUAUGUUGGGACUUUGUGGUGAAAUAAUUGGUCCAACAAUGACUAUUCUUGCACAUAAUAUACAAGUUACAUUUAAUGGUAUGGCAACAGUACUUGCAUCAGCAAGUGCUGGUGGUUUGAUAACAAAUAUUAUCUGUGGUAUUUUUCAAAAUUUUAUUAAUAAUUAUUCAGAAUUAAUGUUAACUACUGCCUUUUUUAUGUCAGCUUUACUUAUGUCUAUUAUCCCAUUUGUCAAUUCAUUAUUACCAAUGUGUAUAGUAUUUUUCCUACAGGGUGUUUCAGGAAGUUUGGCUAAUAUGGGAGGCACGAAUAUUCUUAUCACAAUGUGGAAAACUCGUGUUGCAACACCAUUAAACAUAGUUCAUUUAGGUUAUGGAUUUGGUGCUAUAUUUGCUAAUCUUCUUGUUCGUCCAUUUCUAAAUAAUGAACAAGAAAAUUCUCAAUUAUUCAAUAAAACUAUUCGAAUUCCUUAUAUAAUUACUGGAAUAUUAUGUUUUGUAAUUAGUAUUGGACAUUUCAUAUGUUUUAUACAAAAAUCUCUUCAAGAUGAAAUUCAAAAAGAUGUUCAGAUUGAUGAUACAAUUGUUGAGAAAAUAUCUUUACAAUGUGAUAAAGAAAAAGAUAAGAUAAAAUUUAGUCAAUAUUCACCUAAAACAUGUGGAAAUGGUUAUUUUAAAUAUGGUUUAAUACUUUCAUUAUUAUUUCUCAUGUAUAUAUUCUUUGUUAGUGGAACUGAUCAAAUAUUUGCUAAAUUUUAUUUUUCAUUUUUAAAAAAUGAUCAAUUUCAUAUAUCAACGAAUAAUGCUAGUUGGGCUAUUAUACUUUAUUGGUUUUCAUAUUCAAUGGGUCGUUUAAUUUUUGCUAUUUUGUCAAUAUUUUUACCAGUUUGUUUAUGUUUAACUAUUAGUUGGUGUGGAUGUUUAAUUCUUGCUAUAAUAUGGAAUAUUUAUGUAUGGGUUUUUGGUCUUACUAUUACAGGACUUUUUAUUCUUGGUGGUUUAACUGGACUUAUUAUUGCACCACUUUUUCCAUUAUCAUUUGCAUGGUUUACUCAAAAUCUAAAUGUUAUUACACCAUUACUUGCUGCACUUCUAUGUGCAUGUGGUUUAGGAUCAUUAGUAUUACAAAAGAUUGCGGGUAUUUUAAUGGAUGUUAAUCAAAAUCAUUUUCCAACUCUUCUAACAGGAUCUAUUAUUGUAACAAUGAUCUUAUAUAUUAUUUCAAAUGUGAUUAUAGUUUUUCAUAAACGAAAUAUAAAAACUAGACGAAAUUCAUUGAUUGACAAAGAAGAAGAACAACAACAAAAUAUGGAUGAUUAUUUGAAAGAUUAUAAUAAUAUACGAAAAAAUUCGAUUAUACUUUCAUUUUAA